AGAGAGAAGCAGGUACCGUGAUGUGAUCUGUCCGUCGUCGUCCGUGUGUGUAGCUCUUUCCGUUUUUCGCCAGAUUAACACUGCUAUAUUUAUUUACGGUAUUAUAUGCGCGUGCUCGCGUGUCUCGAUGAAACAGCCUGAGCUGCAGUCGUUUAUCUGCGUUAUUAGAGCUUACUUUUAUUUCUCUCAACAUUAGAAAUUGCUCGACAUUUGGUGGGUAAUUUUUUCCCCAAGCCCAGUGGCGACGGAAACAUGGCAAUAUAAACACAGGCGUUUGGUAUUUGUGAGUAUCUCCUUGUUUUUGGAUACAUCUAUUUCCUCUCGGAUUUUCUGAUGAUAAACAAAUAACAUCUGACCUGAUCUGAGGGAAGUUUAUUAAAUCGAGCAAUACGUUAAAGGGAAACACUGUUAUUAUGAAUAUUAUUGUUAUUACUCUCUAAAAUCUUGCACCUUAUUUAUCCCACCAAAUAAUUAGACUGUUAAUGAUCUAGAUCUUUUUUUUGAUGUAUUAAUGAUCAUAAACAUAAUGAUCAGCAAUAUUAUUAAUAUUAAUCGUAUAGAAAGCAAUUUUUUUUUAGAAAGGCAAAGGCACCAGUUCUGAAGCUGUGAAGUUUUUUUUUCUCCUCCCAAUCAUUUUCUUUUUAUUAAUCAUUUCGUCCAAGAACAAGAUUUAUUUUUCCAGCUUAAUAUAGACACACUGGAUUUAUAUAUAUAUAUAUAUAUUUAUAUAUAUUAUAUAUAAAAAUAAAUACAUAACCUAUACCAAGCUCUGGGAUCAGCAAAUCCUAACCCAAGGUGGAGGCAUGACGCUAUUAUUUUUUCAUGUGAUAAUAUUCAUGUUCCACUCCUUCGCUGAGGCUUCACACAAUACCUCUGCAGGUUGCGCUAUCAUUCGUCCACCCAGAGAUGGAGGGAUACGAUAUAGGGGCCUGACCCAGGAGCAGAUCCGCAGCGUGCAGGUCUUACCAGUGGACUAUGAGAUUGAAUAUAUAUGCCGAGCGAACCGGAUCAUCGUAGGGCCUAAGGUCAGGAAAUGCCUUCCUGAUGGCACCUGGACUGAUCUCAGCCAGCGCAGCAAGUGCUUGCUGCCAUGUGCACAGGUGUGGACGUCCCUGGAGAACGGACGUGUAGUGGUGUUUCCGCCCGGUCCGGCAGUAGAGGGCACCGUGCUGAGAUACAGCUGCCUGAGCGGCUUCAUCCUCGAGGGCAGGAACACAACGCAGUGCACCAAACAGGGCACGUGGGACUCGCCCAAACCCACCUGCCGCUACAACAGACACUACACAGGAAAGAAAAAGCUCUACAUCGGCGCCUUGUUCCCCAUGAGCGGAGGAUGGCCCGGGGGUCAAGCGUGCCUCCCUUCAGCUCAGAUGGCUCUGGACUUGGUGAACAAGAGGACAGACAUUCUGCCGGACUACGAGCUGGAGCUGAUCUACUACGAUAGCAGGUGUGACCCUGGGGAAGCCACUAAAUUGCUGUACGACUUGCUCUACACCGAGCCUAUAAAAAUCGUCCUGAUGCCCGGCUGUAGCUCAGUGUCCACGCUGGUGGCUGAGGCGGCUCGGAUGUGGAACCUCAUAGUGCUGUCGUACGGCUCCAGCUCUCCGGCUCUGUCCAACCGCCAGCGCUUCCCCACGUUUUUCCGCACGCACCCGUCUGCCACGCUGCACAACCCCACACGCGUGCAGCUCUUCCAGAAGUGGAAGUGGACAAAGAUCGCCACCAUCCAGCAGACCACCGAGGUCUUCACUUCCACUCUAGAUGAUUUGGAGCAGAGAGUGAAAGAGGCUGGAAUUGAGAUCAGUGUGAGGCAGAGUUUCCUCACCGACCCUGCUGUGGCUGUCAAGAACCUUAAGCGCCAGGAUGCUCGGAUCAUCGUGGGUCUGUUUUAUGAGACAGAGGCCCGGAAAGUCUUCUGUGAGGUCUAUAAAGAGAAGCUGUACGGAAAGAAGUACGUCUGGUUCCUGAUCGGUUGGUACGCCGACAACUGGUUCAAGAUAAAAGACCCGUCAAUCAACUGCACCGUGGAGCAGAUGACGGAGGCGGUAGAAGGCCACGUUACCACGGAGAUAGUCAUGCUCAACCCUGAGACGGUUCGAGGAGCCUCCAAUCUGACCUCACAGGAAUUCUUGACCCAGCUGAUGUCUAAACUGGGAGGGAAGAACCCGGAAGAAACUGGAGGGUUUCAGGAAGCGCCGCUCGCCUAUGACGCAGUGUGGGCUCUAGCUCUGGCGCUCAAUAAGACUGUUGGACCAUUAAGGGCCAGAGGCCGCAGGCUGGAGGACUUUAACUACAACAACAAGGACAUUACUGCUGAGAUUUACCGUGCCCUCAACACCAGCUCAUUUGAGGGAGUCUCAGGUCACGUUGUGUUUGACGCACAGGGAUCGAGAAUGGCCUGGACACUGAUCGAGCAGCUGCAAGGAGGGAGCUAUAAGAAGAUCGGAUAUUACGAUAUGACCAAAGGCAAUCUCUCCUGGUACGGGAACGACAAGUGGAUAGGCCCCGGUCCCCCUGCGGAUCAGACGGUGGUGAUCAGGAAGUUCAGAUUCCUGUCUCAGAAGCUCUUUGUGUCCGUGUCGGUGUUUGCUGGUCUGGGCAUCUUACUGGGCAUCGUGUGUCUCACGUUCAACAUCUACAACAGCAAUGUGAGGUACAUCCAGAACUCGCAGCCGUAUCUGAACAACAUGACGGCCGUGGGCUGUAUGAUGGCUCUGGCUGCCGUGUUUCCUCUGGGGAUCGACGGGCUUCACGUCCGUCGCUCUCAAUUUCCUGUAGUAUGCCAGUUCCGCUUGUGGCUGCUCGGGCUCGGUUUCAGUCUAGCCUACGGAAGCAUGUUUACCAAGAUCUGGUGGGUUCACACGGUUUUCACCAAGAAGGACGAGAAGAAAGACAAGCGGAAGCAGCAUCUGGAGCCCUGGAAGCUCUACGCCACGGUCGGUGUGCUUCUGGUUAUUGACGUCCUCUCCCUCAUGAUCUGGCAGAUCGUGGAUCCGCUGCACAUCACAGAGGAGAAGUUCACGAGAGAGGCGCCGAAAGAAGACUUGGACGUGUUGAUCGAGCCCCUGCUGGAGCACUGCAGCUCUGAGAAGAUGAACACGUGGCUGGGGGUGGUUUAUGGCUACAAGGGCUUAUUGCUGUUGCUUGGCAUCUUCCUCGCCUACGAGACCAAAUCUAUCUCUACAGAGAAGAUAAAUGACCACCGAGCCGUGGGAAUGGCCAUCUAUAACGUCUCUGUUUUGUGCAUGAUUACGGCUCCUGUCACCAUGAUCCUGUCCUCGAAGCAGGACGCCUCUUUCGCCUUCGCUUCUCUCGCCAUUGUGUUCUCCGUCUACAUCACUCUGGUCGUGCUUUUUGUCCCCAAGAUGCGAAGGUUAAUCACACGCGGCGAGUGGCAGUCCGAUCAGCAGGAGACCAUGAAGACCGGUUCGUCCACCAAUAACAACGACGAAGAAAAAUCCCGCCAGCUGGAGCGCGAGAACAAAGAGCUGCAGAAGAUCAUCCAAGAGAAGGAAGAACGUGUGUCCGAACUGAGGAACCAGCUCUCCGAGCGACAAGCCUUACGCUCCCGGAGACGUCCGUCAUCCACCCACCUGAACCACAGCACCCCUCCUCUUUCAGUCCCCCACACUGACCCCAAAUCUCUCCUCCCUCCACCGGGAUACCCUCUACCCACCUCGGACAAUCACGCUCUCCCUCCGACCUUCUCCAACUCUACCAGCGUUUACCAGCCGGACGGAAAGAUCAGCCGCAACAACUGCCACGCCAGCCGCCUGCAGCUCCUCUACAAAUGAGGCAACAAUAGAUCAAGGAAUGUGGCAGACCUGAACUAAAAAGGGGGAAGGGGCACAAAUCUGUUCAUCAUCUACCUGUUUCCUUGUCUUAUACCUUGGUGUUCGUUCCCUCAUUUCGAAACAUUUAGGUGACCGAACAAGCAGCUGGACCUCAUCACGUCACGGCAGAGUCGCUCUCGUUGAAGCUGCAUGUGUAGUGCUGUGGGAAGUUUUCUUCUCUGAGAAAGGCUAACUCUGAAAAGCCUUCCUCGGAAAAGUUUCACAGAGCGGAUCAUAAACCUCUAAUAUGAGGUAUCUGGUAUCUUAAAUGGGUUUUUGAAUUGCCAUCUUCAUAGCUGAGCUACUUGAUCACUUAGCAUGUCUCGGCAUGUUUUAAUGGAGCUGGAAAGUGCUUUUUUAUGUCGGAAAUGUAAGAGGAUUCGGUGUUGAAUCUUCCUGAACAAUAACUAUUAUAGUCUUACUUCCCCCAACUUACAGCUUUUUUUCCACAGGAGGUGUUGGAGCGGAAAUCUGUCGAUUUUGCAACCAUGUCCUUCUUGUUUUGUUUUUUUACAGUGACAUCAUCGCUCAUCCCCUGAGGCGCGCAGCUAGUAUCGUUGCAUAAUUAACCUGUGGAAAACGCUUGGACACUGGUUUUUCUUUUGCUUCUAGCUAUUUUGGAGUUGAGCAAGAGAUCUGUUCUGGUGAAACCUUGGUGUAGAUCAAUUGCUUUAGAGUGUAAUGAUCAAACAUAAUGGGUAUUUAUAGCUUGUGGUGGUGGAGCGUGUUCAGUGAUCAUGCUGGUGAACGGGAUCGUUGCGCUUUACGAUCUUAUUAACGUACGCCUCGAAGUUGUCAAGCACGGUGUUACGAAGCGCUCUCGCCCAUCCCCGUGCUGGAAUACGGUUCCAUUAUGAGAAAUUAAAAACCCGACGGAAUUUCACAUCCGAGUGUGUUUUGUUUUCGUUCAAGGCCGUAAUCUGAACAGAUGCUCAGAAGUGACGUGCAUUGGUUUUGGCUGCAGUCGCUCGGCCUCCCACAGUUCAGUGCAGUAAACCUUCCAGAGUUUGCAGAUGUUGCACUGUUGCGUGUUUAAAAGCCUAUCGUGGCAGAUUGCAAGUGUGUGAUUUGAUUGAUUCUUCUUUCUUUUUCUUUUUUUUAGCUUAUCUUUUAUCCUCCCCACAGUCGAAAGCUUUAGAUGUAAUCUACCAGCUGCUGUAAUCCAGUUAGCGUCUCCUGCAUAGAAAGCCUAUUCGUGUCAUGCAGACCAGCGAUGUUAUUACAUGAUAUAAAACCCCCUCCCCGCACUUAAAAUAAAAGCCCUUCAAGUUCAACAAAGAGAGGGGAUUAUUGUGGAAUGCAUCACAUGAGUCAUAAAAACAACACCUCACUUGGUUCUUUCACUUCUUACAGUUUCCACUCAGCAUAAAUCCAAGUCUUGUGGUUACUUCUGAUGAGAAGAAGCCCGGGUUGAGGUACUUUUUACCGAGCAAGCACUUACCUGUUCUGUUCCCCUCUCUGUGCAGUCUUUCAAAGUAUGUGGGGGUAGGAGUGUCAUUCGUGGUGUUUGAAAUACCAGCUUGGAUCCACAGCCCAUGUGACUUUUAUCUUUUAGUUGACUCAUGGCCUUGGUUUCACCCCGGACCGCGCUUCCCGAAAGGAUCCCAUGCAUAAAGCAACGCAGUGUUAUUCAUCUGUUUACAUGAAAAUGUUUCAAGCAAAGGCACACGAACAAGAUAUUCGGUUUUCUAUUUUAUUAUCUGACAUUCAUUCUUAGAUGGCAGCAUUCCUGGCGUCUCGGAACCCGAUCGAAAAAGAAACUCCAGCUGUAAUCAUCCAGACGUUAUGCACAUACCGAGUGUGUACUUGUUAACUGUGUUCUCUUGCACAUACGAUAUAAAGUGUGUACGGUAAAUCGUAUUUCCCAUGUGGUAUUGAAAGUAUAUUUCUAUUCACCAGUAUAGACUUCAGAUGUUCAGAUUCUGUCAGAUGCAACAGAAUUGGUGUCUAUGGAUAAAUAAAGAGAAUUGUUUUUUUUCUA